AUGGCCCUUUUCUUGGCUAUGGACCCGAUGCAAACUGUUUUUGCGAUCAAUGUAAUAGUUGCCGUAUUUCGCUUUACACUUGUAAGGGUGGUAGUUGUAGGAAUUAAUCGAAAGUAUUAUGCUAGUCAGAAAUCUCGUUCAAAUUCAAAUUAUGAGAACUCUAUUUCUUUUGAAACUUUAAUAAAUAAAUCACCUGAUUCUGUCGUUGAUAAGAAUUUGCCAGAAAUCUGGAAUAAUGCUUGGUCGGAACAACUUCUGUAA